CAAACCCCAAGCCAUUCCUUACUUUACCAUAGCUUUCUUAACUAUCAAGCGUAGAACCCCCUCAGCUUCCAUAUAACUCGGAGAAAAUAUUAUCAUCAGCACAUAGACACAAACUUCUGAAAAUAACCAUGACAGGUCAUGGUUCAUCAUAUUCUGAAUACGAUACAUCACGUUCAGCAAAGCUGUUUGGACGUGGAAGGCCAAUACAUGAAGUUCUCGGAGGAGGAAAAGUCGCAGAUGUGUUGUUAUGGAAGAAUUGGAAAGUAUCAGGUGCACUUUUGAUUGGAAUGACAUUCAUAUGGUUUCUUUUUGAAGUUGUCAAGUACAAUUUCAUUACGCUUCUCUGUCACAUCUCCAUCACCACAUUGCUCGUUUUCUUCAUAUGGUCCAACAGUGCAGAUCUUUUCAAAUGGAAUCCUCCCAAUAUCCCAGAAAAUAUCUUGCAUGAGUCUGAAGUGAGAGAAAUAGCUUCCACCUUCCACAAAAGAUUCAACCAGUUUUUGUCGAAGUUCCUAGAGAUUGCAUACGGAAGAGAGAUUCCACUAUUCCUUUUGGCAAUUGUUUCUCUCUAUGCAUUAUCAGAGGUUGGAAACUAUUUCAGCUUCCUGAAUCUCCUUUAUUUGGGCAUUCUUAGCAUGGAAACACUGCCAUUUCUGUAUGAUCGAUAUGAGGACCAUGUUGAUUAUUUCGUCAGCGAAGUGAUCCAAGACUUGAAGAGGAAGUACAAAAUGAUUGAUUCGAAGUUCCUGAACAAAAUUCCAAGAGGGACCGUGAAAGAAAAGAAAAUCAGAUAAAGAUUGUGACCGCACAAACCAUCAUGUAUAUAAUCACUUAUAUUCUUCUUAUAGGAGUCGCACAUUCUUAAGAAAAAAGAAAUCUAGUCAAAAUAAACAGUCAUGAUCAUAACUUUUGAAAGUUUGUACCAUGAAAGUGGGGAAAUUCUAUAGUUACUUGUAAAUAAUAAUAUUAUGGUAAAGAUAAAAUGAGGUAUAAGGCCUUCAAA